GGGUGCUUCUUACCUGUCAGUCGGUAUUUUCAAUUUCAUUCAUUCAUUCAUUUUCUACCGCUUUUGCCUACUAAAAUAGUGUCUGGGAGUGAAAAAGGAAAGUAUAAACGAAAAGGUUGUCAAUAUGUAAUCCGUUUUUGGCUGUGUGUCGUGGAAAUGAACCCGUUAGCUUAAUCUCCACAAUGAAUUAAGCUAGCAGAAUUUUAACAUUUUGUGUUAGCCUACAUCUCGCUCCUUUUUAACCAACAUUUUGGUCAUCGUCAUUAUAUAGGUACAAACAAAUGUACAUUUAGUUGUACCAGGCAUUAAAAUUGAUCUGUAAACUGAAGAAACAAGGGUGGUGUCAAAGGUUUUUCGAUGAUUGUAUAGACAGACGGUGUGAAUGUGAAUGUGGACUUUGUCAGAAGAGAAACAGCGCCUCUUAGUGGCAAAGUGGUGGCAUGUGCAGGUUGCGGUAAAUAACAGUGAGGAAUUUCCGCUUUUCGAAUGAAAAGAAAGUCUGCCAUCUAGUGGUCACGUUUAGUCAUGACAUUAAAAGCUGCAGUAAACACAACUUUAACGUCAUGUUUGCAAUAAAAGUUCGUUAUUGUUAUAAAAUGUCACAGUUAUCAAAUAAUUCAACUCGUAUUGUGUUCAUAAGUGCGACGAUACAACAUUUAGUCAUUUGACAAUACUUUAAAUGUGUUAAAAAGUGGCCUAAACCAAGUGCCAAAGUCAAAUUAGAAAACAUUUAGGAGCAGUUGUCACGUGACAGUCAUGUGACCACCCCAGGACAUAGUUUUUCCAACUGGAAGUAUGUAGCGUAUUUUUUUUUUGUUUUUUUUGGUUGGGAAAAAUGGAUCUGAAAAAAGUAAUAAACGUCCAAACUUCGGACAUCUUUCUGGAAAAGAAGCCAUGAUGGAUGUAAAAGACGAAAAUAACUAAUUUUGCGUCAAUAUCGUCGUACACACAAUGGAUGGUGAAAAUACUGUUUUUUUUUAACCGAUGGUUUUUCGUUCCGCUGCUCCACAGCGAGGAAGGAAGGAAGGAAGUGAGGACGUAAGAAAGUGAGGACGUCAGGAGUUAUCGUAGAGUUUUUUUUUGUUUGUUUUCAUUUUUUGAAAGUGUUUGUCUUCAGUCUGGAGCUUCUUCACGUUUUGGAUGUGCGUGUUGGUUGGAGACCAUCAACGAAGUAGCUAACCCUCAGAGUACUAUCAUGGCUCGGUAUUUGAGGUAUUUCACCACAGUGGGUGAUGAGCAGCCCGGACAGUGGGAGGAUGAAGAACUGCAGAUCUUCUCAGAGGACCUGGAACCUGCAACAGAAACUUUAACCUUCAGAGAUUCCCUGAAAAGACUCUACACGUCUGACCGCUUCCAGGUGUUGGUGGUGUGUUUGGUUGUCCUGGAUGCCAUUUUCGUCCUGGCAGAACUUCUCAUAGAUUUGGCGAUUAUCCAAGUGGAACACGGGCACAUCGCACCCGAGGUUUUUCACUACCUGAGUUUGGGACUUCUCACAUUCUUCAUGGUGGAACUCGCCGGCAAGCUGUACGCGUAUCGCUUGGAGUUCUUCCAACACAAGUUUGAGGUGUUUGACGCUUUAGUGGUGGUGCUGUCUUUUGUACUGGACAUCGUCUUUCUCUUCCAUGAUGAUGUUUUCGAUGGAAUGGGUCUACUCAUCCUGCUGCGUCUAUGGAGGGUGGCGAGAAUCAUUAACGGGAUUCUUGUGUCGGUAAAAACCCGCGCGGAUCAGAAGAUGCACAAGUUGAAGGGGAGUUACGACCAUCUCGUACAAAGAAUCACUGAACUCCAACAGCAAGUUGAUCAACUUCAACAAGACAACCAGAAGCUUCAAGCCCUCCUCAAGACGCACGGCAUCAACUUCUGACUGCCAUUCUUCUCCAAGGCGAUUCAUAUCUUUCAGCUUUCUCCAUUAUCAGAUUCUAUCAUGCGCUAUUUCUCAAUCCUGUGUCCAAGUGUCCAAUCAUUUUCCCGUACUUGCUUUAUGGUGUUUAUUGUACAAAACUUUUCCACUGAGCAUCGCAUCCAUAAAAAUGAAAGGACUUUGCUACAUUUUGCACAUUAAAGAGGCUAAAGGGGGCGGCACGGCGGUCUAGUGGUUAGUGCGCAGACCUCACAGCUAGGAGACCAGGGUUCAAUUCCACCCUCGGCCAUCUCUGUGUGGAGUUUGCAUGUUCUCCCCGUGCAUGCGUGGGUUUUCUCCGGGUACUCCGGUUUCCUCCCACAUUCCAAAAACAUGCUAGGUUAAUUGGCGACUCCAAAUUGUCCAUAGGUAUGAAUGUGAGUGUGAAUGGUUGUUUGUCUAUAUGUGCCCUGUGAUUGGCUGGCGACCGGUCCAGGGUGUAGCCCGCCUCUCGCCCGAAGACAGCUGGGAUAGGCCUCAUGAGGAAAAAGCGGUAGAAAAUGAAUGAAUGAAUGAGUUCUCCUCCUAUUUUGUGUGGAAGUGGUACAUUAAAGGCAAUUUAAUGUAUGUGAAUAUAUGAUAAACUAUCCACAUCUUAGCUUUGUCUCUGAUUGUGCUUCGAAUCGCUGUGGGUUUUUAUAAAAUUGUAUACCCCGCGCAUAACUGUUGCUAUAGCAACACAGACCGGAAAGCCAGUGCCGGGGCUCCAAGGGUUAAAAAAAUGUGAAAUAAACCUGGUAGUGAUGGUUAUCGAUUCACACAAACGGGAAGAAGAAGUCGGCGGGCAGCUUGGCGUUGAUGGUGGGCAUGGCUCUGUAACCAGGAAGAGCAGCAGCAGAAACGUCUAUGAAGCUCACCGAGCUCCUAAUGGAUACAGCGUUUGUGCCUGUGCUCAGCAGAACCUAUGAGAAGCAAUCGAGCACAUGGUUACAUGAACACGCACUUACAUUUGGAACAUGUGCUGACACAGCUUUUUUUCUCUCGGACCCCCGCACACAGCGUGUUUGGGGGGGGUCACUGGUAUAGCAACCAUCAAUACCAAUACAUCCACACAUGCAUGCAUUGUGUCUCACUGAAAGAGCCUACUUGUUAACUGAAUGGCUACUCACCAGAUCGCUGGUAUUAGUUUGGAUAAUUUGCUUGACGCUCACAAUUUGAGCUUGGGGAUUCCUCAGGUGUCCGUAUUUAGUCCACUCGAUCUGUAAGUCAAGUGACAACGGGAUGCUGCAAGCUUGUGAUUCCUGCAAAUGAAAACAUGAAAAAAUGUUAUAUAUUAUAUAUCAUGUUUGUAUGCGUUUGUGUGUGUCUUUUA